CCACAUCUGUCUCUCUCGGCCAUGCGCAGUCUCGUCAACAUCGAAGUUACAGCAAUAAUGGUACCGCCGAUGGAAGUUCGGUGCCAGCAACGUUGUCACGACCGUCGGCAUAAAUACUUCCCACCAGCCGUUUGGGCUCAAGGCGCGUGGCGCACAGACUGAGAAAGGAUGGAUGUGGACUCGGAUGUUCCUCCGCCUCCCCCUCCUUUCUCGGCCCCUUCUGUAAUUCUCGUCUGCCAGGCAGGAGCCUGCCGCAGCGCCGGCUCCGAAGCGGUGCUCCUCGAGAUCGAGGAGCUGGCAAAGGGCUUUAGGAACUGCACGGUGCAGGAGUCGGGCUGCAUAGGCGCCUGUGGCCAGGCGCCGAACGCGGAGGUGGUCCGUGGACGCAAAAGACUGGUCUGCACCAGGAUCACCGAUGUGGAGAAGAGCGCAGCGGUCAUUCAGCAGGCCACCGGAAGCAGGCCAAGCCUGGAGGAACCCGGGCUUGUGCAGCGGCUUGGCGAUGCCAGAGCAAUGAGGGUGCGCAACCAGGCCCGUGCGGAGGCCAAGUGGAAUGCGGCUCUGGCGGGGUUCUCCGAACACGUCAUGUCGAAGUCUGGGAAUGACCGCCUGGAGAUGCAGUUUGAGCUGUCCCAAUUGUUGGCGUCCGCAGGGCUUUGGGAAGAUGCGCUGGUCCACGUUACGGAGGCUGAGUCUAUGGCCGGAGGCAAUAUCAUGCUUCUAAUGGAACGUGCCAAACUCCUAGGCAAGCUCGGGCGUUCGGAAGACUUGGACGCCAUCGAGCAGCGCGUUUCGGCGAUGAGACUUGACUUUAGGCUCGUGAUUGAAGUCACGUCAUUGUUGCGCAGGUGCAAAUCGGAAAGCAACGCUGCCGCCAAGAUUGAGACCUCGCAGCGGCCCAUCGAGAAGUACGGACUGUGGUUCUUGGCAGGAGUAACCAAGGUGUCGAAGCACAGCGCAGUAUACCACUUCACAUCAAAGGACAAGGCGAGGGGCACACCGAACCCCAGGGGCCGAGGGCGCACCGUGUGGCACAAGACUUGGCACACGACCCUCCUGGCCGACGUUGGCACGAACAGCGAGGGUCCUCUGCCCUGGAUCGAGCGCGACUACACACCGAUCAGUACCGCGAAGGAGUGGGAGCAAGGCAAGUGUGACAUACUCAUAAAGAUCUACGACACCGGCCUGGCGACCUCGUGGUUACACAAACAGGAGUUGGGGUGCUCCGUGAGGCUCUCUCAGCCAAUGAAAACCUUAGAUGUUCCCUCUCUCGUGCCAGAUCUCACCCACGCUGCUUUCAGGCCUGCAAGCGUCUUGCUGCUCCUCGCUGGCACUGGCAUCGUGGCGGUCCCUCAGGUGCUACACCACGCUGAUCACGCUACGUGUUUCGGAUCCAACGUAGUACUGACACAGCCGGUGAGCCUAGUUUACUCGUGCCGCAGCGACGACGUUUUACUGCUGGAUGAAUUGAAGAGCUGGUGUGUGUCGGGGAAGCUUAAACGAUGCACCCUUCUGCUGACAGAGCCGCCGGCUGGGUCACCACCACCUUUCCCAGAAGUGGGAGAGGCAGAUUUGGCACAGCUGGCGGACGUGGAAAACAUGCAGUGCCUACGCGCACGCCUAUCCCAAGAGCUCCUCGAGAACGAGAUUCGACGGCUACAGGGUCCAACGAGGUUUGUGGUGUCUGGCCCCGCCCCCUUCAACGCCGCCGCAAAGCACAUGCUUAGCGAAGGCGGGGUGCAAGUAGAGGCUAUCACGAUCCUGAACGCCUAGCGCCUCCUCUGGAGGAGGGCGAGGGAUACGAUGAUGAUGUGGAGGUCGGAAAGGUGUUCACACAGUUGGAAGCUGGCUUGCAGAUGCAGUGCCGCAGAUCCACUUUUUUUGUUCGAGCAUCGCUUCGCCUCACUCGGCGCUCGGCUUUUUCCUGCUUUUCGAUUUCUUUGACGGCGUGAUGACAGAUAUGCAUCUGGGUAUGCAGCAUGAGUCGGCAAUUGUGUGGUCAGCAUGAUGACAGAUAUGCGUUGCACGUCGCAAGCAAGUGAUUGGCGCGAGGGGUGUAUUGUAUGUUCUCUGGAAUGCGGGAUUUGCCAGUUGGGCAGUCUCCCAUGUUGGCCUACUGUGCCAAUGGAUAAGUCGCCGUUCGCCCAUCCUCAUCAGCAUCCUCAUGAUCAAAGUUCAUCAUGAUUCCGAUCAUGAUGUCGACCUUCUCUCCGGAUUCUCCAUCGCGCAUCCUCC